AAGGAAAUUGUGAUGAAAGGAAUAAACGAUGCUUUUGAAUUUCAAAACUGAUACAUUCUCUAAUUCUUGUUUACCUUUUGCAUUAUUCUACCGGAAAAAAUGAUACUUCUUUCAAGUACCUACCUGCUGAGAUUAUUGUUUGUUUAUUUAUAGUUCACGGUUGUCGGUUGUUAUCAAUUUGGUUGAAGUUCCAUUUCUCAUUCUAAUCGUUUUCAAGUUAUUUCUUCAUCUUCAUUGAAAGGCGUAGACAGAAUAGUAACGCAAAAAUGGACUCAGACAAGUGUAAAACGACUGAAAUUACUCAUCCAAGGAUUUCCAUAUUCGUGGGUAAUUUAAAUACGGAUGUGGACGAGUCGAUAUUACUAGAGAAAUUCUCCCAAAUUGGAUCGAUAUCGUGUGUUCGUCUGGGUAGAGAUAAAGUUACAGAAGAAUCUCUGGGAUAUGGAUUCAUUGACUAUGAAGAUCCGGCUGCUGCCGAAGCAGCCAUACGUAUAUUCAAUUUUCAAACAUGGAAAGGAAAGAAAAUACGAGUUAAUUACAAUCAGAGAAAUCCGACUAUUAGGAAAUCCAGCGUUGGUAUUUUUAUUAGAAAUUUGGAAAAAAAAGUCGACGAUAGAGAGCUUUUUGAAAUGUUCUCUCCGUUUGGGAAUAUUUUACGUUCUGAAGUUGCUCAAGAUGGUAAUGGUAAUUCCAAAGGGUUUGGUUUUGUGCACUUCGAGACUGAGAAAGCUGCCAAUAAAGCUAUCGAAGAAGUAAACGGCACGUUUAUUCGCUGGCGUAAAGUUGUAGUUACCAAAUGUGUACCACGUAAAGAUAGAAAAAAAGAUUCAAAACUCGAUGCCAAGUCUGAAAUAGAAAAGUUCGUCGCAGCGAAUGUUAAAACUUUUGGCCAAGCAAAGAAAAAAUUGCAAGAUUUGAUCGAAGCGUUGCAAACGGAGUUACAAUGUAGCAUUUGCCAUGAGUUAUUUAAAGAGCCGUCCAUCACGGAAUGUGGCCACGUUUUCUGCGAAGAAUGCAUCGCCGAAUGGAAAAAUCAAGAUGGUAUAGUAUCUAGCUGUCCUACCUGCCGUGAAACUUUAUAUAGAUUUAGACCCGAAAAAAAAAUAUUUGAAAUGAAUAAUUUUAUUUUGAAAGCUGCAGAACUUUUAUUGAGUGGUAAAGAAUAGUGAAAUAAUUCUCCACUUUUUAAAAAUAAGUUGAGGGUGAUCGUCCUGUUUUUUUUUGUCAUUAUUAGCUAAGCUACCUAUAAGUACCUAUACUCAGUCAUUUUCAAUUUGAUUUACUGUAUUUUUUAAAGAAUAAUUUUGUGUAGAAGUGGUUACUUUAUUUAUGCCAUAAUUUAUUAUCGUUUUUCAAAAAAAAAAGUUUACCUAUUA